AUGUCAUGUCCUGGCAAAGCCAAUCAUAAGCUUCCACCCUGGGAGGAGUUCGCGAGCUUCGUGAUCAACUACCUUGGCGGCGAACGCAUAGAUGGCCCGGGAGGAGAAGAUACGUUCGCUUGCAACGUAUUUCUUUGCAGGGGGCGAUUCGAGAAUAACUUGGCCCAAUGGACGAUGCGCCUUUGCGACUGGAUGGUGGACAAGCUUGGGUGGAGCUUUAUUGUUUCCUCCCUGUGCAACAUGGGAGACUGUGGCCAGAAUCGGCUAGAGCAGGUCAUCUUCCGCUUCGACGGAGACAAGCGAGCCCUGCCCGUCUCCAAGGUGAACAAUCCGUCGGAUGAGUUCAUGGAUUCGCCCUUCCCCGACUACUGGAUCUAUCAGGAGGUUCUGGAGCGACAAGAAGUUCACAAGGUGCGAACUUGCGCCACGGAGGAGAAGGAAUCGUUGCAGCAACUAGUAGAUGCUACCUUCCGGCGAAUCCUGACCAGAGAUCGGGUUCCCGAUGAUGACGCUGUCGACGACGAGGAGAUGCCGUACCGGAUCGAGGUCGUGCAUGCCUUCCGUAGUGAGCAUGCAUGGCUGAACCACCGUCUCUUUCAGAGUCGCCAGGCCGAAAUCGAAGACUUCGGCGUGAAGACGGGCGAUGUGGACACGUUGUUGAAGACGCGGCUGGUUCCAGGUGAAGCUUAUCUUUUCCACGGCACGAAUCCUUCCUCGGCUAUGAGCAUCUUGAAAACCGGCUUUGUGCUGGACCACGCUGGCAGUGCGACUGGUACAAUGUACGGAGCCGGGGUGUACAUGGCCGAGUGCUCAUCCAAAUCGGACGAGUAUGGUCGAGAUGAUGGCGGAAAUACGUACCCGUCCCUACACGCAAUGCUUGUGUGCCUGCAGCUCAGACAGUGCCUUGUGCUUUGUACCGAUGAAGGGCCCCACUCCGGUACUCCGGUAAUUAGUACUGGCUUAGGGCCCAGGACGGCUGAUUAG